AGUACCCGCGCAGCCAGAGCCCAGGGGCAGCCGGUGGGAGGAGGCAGAGAGUCCGCAGCUGCCGCACCGCACAGUCUCUUUGAAACCCGCAAGAGGAAAGAGCCGCCCGCAUCAACCGAUGUCAACGGAGCUGUCUGAAGACCGGGACCUCGACGGGUUAGGAGAGCAGGCAAUAGACAGACAGACCAGACUGACAGACAUCUGCAGUGGCACAGCGGGCAGCAGAAUGGCGUCCAUACCAGAAUACUACGCUGGCAAGAGUGUGCUGAUCACAGGAGCCACAGGCUUCAUGGGAAAAGUGCUAGUGGAAAAGCUUCUGAGGUCCUGCCCAGAGGUCAAAGCCAUCUACCUCCUGGUCAGACCCAAAGCCGGGCAGUCCAUGCAGCAGAGGGUCAGCGACAUGAUGAUGUGCAAACUUUUCGACCGAGUGCGGGAGGACAACCCCGACUUCCACCAGAAGAUCAUCCCCAUCAGCAGCGAGCUGACGCAGCCCGGCCUGGCCAUCAGCCCACAGGAUGUGGAGAAGCUCACCACCUGCAUUAACAUCAUCUUCCACUGUGCUGCCACCAUCCGCUUCGACGAGCCACUCAAACACGCCCUGCAGCUGAAUGUGAUUGCCACACAGCAGCUCCUCAGCCUGGCCCAGCAGAUGCACCACCUCGAGGCCUUCAUUCACAUCUCCACCGCCUAUGCAAACUGCAACCGCAAGCACAUCGAUGAGGUCAUCUACCCGCCACCUGUCGAGCCCAAGAAACUCAUUGAAUCUCUCGAGUGGAUGGAUGACGGCAUGGUGCGUGACAUCACACCGCGGCUUAUCGGCGACAGGCCCAACACAUACACCUACACCAAAGCCCUGGCCGAGUGCAUGGUGCAGCAGGAGCAAGACAAGCUCAACAUUGCCAUCAUCAGACCGUCCAUAGUGGGAGCCAGCUGGCAGGAGCCUUUCCCCGGUUGGAUCGACAACUUCAACGGGCCAAGUGGAGUCUUUAUAGCUGCUGGAAAGGGGAUCUUGCGCACCAUGAGAGCCAACAACGAUGCGGUGGCUGACCUGAUCCCUGUGGACGUGGUCAUUAACCUCACCCUCGCUGCUGGCUGGUACACCGCUGUACACAGAAGGAAAACAGAAAAACAGAAAAAUAUAAGACCUAAAACAGCUCUGGUGUACAACUGCACGACUGGCGGCAUCAACCCGUUCCACUGGGGAGAGAUUGAGCACCAUGUGAUGUCGUCCUUCAAAAGGAACCCGCUGGAGCAGGCUUUCCGCAGGCCCAACGCCAACAUCACCUCCAACUAUCUGAUCAAUCAGUACUGGAUCCUGGUCAGCCACAAGUUCCCUGCCCUCAUCUACGACCUGUUCCUGCGACUCACUGGACAAAAGCCGCAGAUGAUGCGCAUCUUCAACCGUCUCCACAAGGCCAUCGGCCUGCUGGAGUAUUUCAGCAGCCAGGACUGGGAGUGGAACUCUGAGAACAUGAGCAUGCUGAUGAGCCAGCUAACCCCAGAGGACAGGAAGACAUUUAACUUCGACGUGCGCCAGCUGAACUGGCCUGAGUACAUUGAGAAUUAUUGCAUCGGCACCAAGAAGUACGUCCUGAAUGAAGACAUGUCUGACAUUCCUGCUGCCAGGCAACAUCUGAGGAAACUGAGGAACAUCCGCUACACCUUCAACACCGUGUUGGUCGUCUUCAUCUGGAGGGUUUUUAUCGCCCGCUCCCAGAUGGCCAGAAACAUCUGGUACUUUGUGGUCAGCCUCUGUUUCAAGUUCCUCUCCUACUUCCGCGCAUCCAGCACCUUAACCAACUGAGUCUUCCUCACUGCCUCAAGAGCCAGAGACAGCAGCCCUCGCCUUUAGCUGUCAGCAGGACGUAACAUCUGAGGCUCUGUCCAUCCACAAAGGACACUCCACAUCCAACUGGAUGAAGGGGGCUCUCUACAGGUGGGGGCUGCAGUUGAGUGAAGCACUCAGAAGGGAAAAAAGAGGUCUGCUAGCCAUGAAUUAUUUCUUUAGUUUGGAAAUCUGUCGUCAGUACCUGCACUGUUCAUUCAACACACCCCGUCCAAAAAAAAGCGUUGUCAUUCAUUUUGUACCUACUGUUUUCCUCUCAAAGUGGCCAAUUAUAUAUGCAACAAUAAGCCUUUUGUGUAACUUCCAUUUUCUUUUCCACAUCAUUGUUUCCAUCUCCUUGAAUCUCAGUACAUUGCCUUGCCUUGUGAUGAUUUUUUUUCAUACUUGAAAUAUGGCAGUGCUUCAGUGGAGGACGGUUUCUAUAAGAUUAUUUUGGUUCUCUGUUUUUUACUGUGGGGAUAUCCAAUUCCUCUCUUUAAUACGCAGGUGAUUUGGAUAUCUGUAUGUCUUGCAUUACGUAUAUCUACUGCCUUUUUAAAAUUACACCCAAAAACUAAGUGGUGGUUAUCUGUCUCAAGGCCAAUCCACAGAUUAUUGAGACUAAAGCUAAAUUCUGAGCACAGAAGACACCUGUAUCCCUACAUAUACCAAAACAUACAGAUCUGCCAUUUUUCCUGCUGUUGAGGUUGUCACUUAUUUACUAUCACAAAUGAUAAUGUCCGUAUGUCUUUGAACAUAAACCUUGGUUAUUUGAAUGCUCAUCCACUUUUUGCCUGUUUGUACAGCAGUUUUUACUGAAACUAAGUUUACUACUUUUACAUCUUUAUACUUGCGUCAAAGGCUAGUCUGAUAUGUGGUAGACCUUGGCAGUGUAUUAUAUAUAAAUAACAGUACAUCAGAGUCAAAUUUAUUUGUAUAGCCCAGUAUCACAUACUAUACUCCCAACAGUUUCCAACCAAGCCCAAGUUUUCUAAAAAGACAAACUCAUGCAAAACCUCAAAAGGCACUUCAAAGAGGGACCCCCCUCUCCUCGGACAGCUGGGGGUGAAAAAGGAGCCAUAGGUGGGAAAAUUACAAAUUAACAUUAAGUUGUAAUAGGUAGAAAUGCCAAAUACAACAAUGGGAUUCCAAAAGGUCCAUUGCUACUGUAGUAAAUCCAAAAUUUAGAAGUCCAAGGAAUGGGUCCACUUAAAUAAGUUCAAUAUCAGUGAUUCACAAUGUUCCAUGUCCAAGAUUGUAAGUAUGUGAGUUUGGGGGACCAAGCUUGGAGCAGGGAAUUUAGUGGAGUAGGGAUAAAGAUGGAAGAGACCUAGCCCCAGUUUGUGCCUCUCGUCUACUAGCGUUACAUUUGAUUAACAAUGGUAACCAUCCGUAAAAUAAUUACCCGGAAAUGUCUGGAAAAACUCAGGAGGUUGUUUAACAACCGUUAACGUUGUUCUGAGGGUAUUUCUACAAACCUCAAAGACUCCUCUAACCAUCUGGAUAAAUAAAAUAUUCCAUCUGCUGCACAAUAAAUAAACCCAAGUUGCAACUCUGUUUCCUUAUCCAAACAAAGAUGGCAGCCCGCAGGUCACCUGGAUUAACAGUCUUGGGAAACACAGUUGCUUGGGAAACGGUUUAAAAUCUUUUUUAUUGUUCAGCUUUUUGGUUAGAGGAGUCUGUGGUUUCUAGAAAUACCUUCAGAACAGCAGUAGUGUUGUUAAAUGUGAAGGUGAAAACACUACUGUCUAAAGAUUUCUUUUAGUUCUUGAGGCAGGCCUCUGGAUACUGAAGAGGUCAUGAGGUUUGUUAGAUAUGACUAAGAAGGAUCAUAUGUUUAUAUUAGGAGACCAUAAAAAACGGCCCUAGCAUAAAUAGAAAGCCAAAGCAAGGAGGCUAUGAUUGGUCAAAUUUGAGAGUGCUCGUUAAAUUGUGUUGAAAGCUGAAGUUUUUUUAAUCCAGAGAACGAGCAUUUCAGCUUCAUCUAUAUGUAAGAAAAGCAGGAUCUUUUUCAAACAACUUCUGACAGCAAGUAAAUUGAACAGGGCAUGGGUCAGUCAUUACAAUUGAUUGUACUAUAGAGUUGAGUGUUAUCUGCAUAAGAGCAAAAAUUCAUGCUGCAGCUGCUACUGAACAGAAGAAUAUUGUGAAAAGUGGUGGACCAGGUACAAAACUUUGAGGAUCGUCACACCUUACCUGAUGGAGAGAUGGACUACUAUUUUUAAGCAAGACAUACUGUGACCUGUAUAUUAGUCUGGACCUAAAUCACAAAAGUGCUAGGUUAAAAAAUGAGAGACUUAAGGCCCUCCUGGUAUUACAUCCUUGACCCCAGUUUGGAAGAUCUGUAAAUAGUUGAAUUACAUAUUAUUCUUAUAGACUACCAAAAAAUUGUAUUUGACUGUUGAUUUUUGCUUGGUGAGUGUCACAGGAUUCCACCACAGAGCUUCCCACAGAGUCUACCAAAAGCAUUAAGUAUGACAGGCAAGUCUGAUUUUUACUAAACAAACAAAAAAACUGUGUAUAGUAUUGUAUAUGUUGAAAGGCGUGACUCUUGACAGAAUACACAUACAUAACAGUUAUGAGCCUUUAUGGGAGGAAAAGGGACAAAACUAAAUAAAUGUUUAUGCAAAGCCGAUGUCUGUGGUGUAAUCAUGGUAACUCUUAAUUUCAGAGGGGGAUAAUGAACCAAAAUGUCUGCAAUCGUUGAGGCCUGUAUGAUGGUUUCGUCAGAAUUGUUCUUACAGAGCUGCAGGGCUACUGUAAUGGUGUAGUUAUAGAGUUUUGCUCUUCUGUGGUCUGUUUGAUCAAACCAAAUGCAGAGUACUGUUUGGUACAGGAAACCCCAGGCUGGAGCUCCUGUUACUGUAUGUAACAAACAGCAACAUGUAAUCAGUGAUUUCAUCUUAUAUUUUCUGGUGUCGUUUUACACAUCAUGGUGAGUUUACUUGUCAUGCGGAGUGCUACACAGCCAGUGAAAACAGUUGUAUGUCUUCUGUUUCUUCUUCUACUUUACAAAGUUUGGAGAAAAAAAGGAUUUUGAGGCUGCACAUUUAUAGCAGAAAGGCUGCAUUAUAAACUGAGUGCAUGGAGUUUCAAAGUCACUGGCAUUUACCAUGCAGAGAGGCACUAACAAAAUAUGCUGUCUAGUUGCAUUGCGGGAAACGUAGGGUACAGGGUUUUUGGAACUUAAUUCAUACAAGAGACUAAAGUUGUGAUAUCUUGGUCUCUGCUGCUUUGAUUUAUUUAAUUUUAUUUUUUUAAAUCUGUCUCUCGCAAGUUCCCCAAUACAAGUAAAAUACUAAAUCACUAGAGUACCUUUUAAACCUUUAUGCAGUACAGGGGUUUUAGGGCAUUUUUCAACUGUAAAAGAGUCCUGAUAUAAGUUCUGCAGUCCCUUUCUUCUCUAGAGGUGUCUCCAGGCUUCAAAUGACCUUAUUUUCUUUCAUUCUAAAGCUAUUCAAACUCUUUGUAGGCUUGUUAAUUUACCAAUACGCUCACUUGCUACACCUAAAAUACCAGUUAUAGCGGUAUCAUGCUCCAUCUCUUAAACACUGGAUUUUUUUAAGUCUUAAAAAAUGCUGGAUUUACAAUAGAGGCCAAGAGAUGACAAUGUUUUUUUUUUGAGGGGGGGGGGUUCUUCUAAAUGCACCUAAUGAAAUGGCAAGAUUGUCUGAACACUGGUCUGUGUAGCACAAAAUAACUGCUGAUAAAUCAAAGCUUUUUUUUCCCCUCUACAUGCAACCAAGAAAGAAUCUGAAUUUUUGGGGAUGUGUAAAAGCACAUUUAAAAAAAAAUAAAGAUUGGGAUUGACACCACCUGAA